GCGGAGGCGCGGCGCCACCAAUCGCAGACAAAGGCCGCCCCGUGAAUCAUGUGGUGCCGGGAGGAAGUCGGCUUGUUGUCUUUCCUCCCGCCGCUGGCCCGGGCGGAACGAUGCGCGGAGACCCCCGCGGGGGUGGCGAGCCCCGAUGAGGUCCGAGCCCCCAUCCGCGCCACAGCGCCCCCGGCCCGAUGGCGGCCCCGCGCUGGGACCCGCUGCGCAACGACUCGCUGCCGCCCACACUGACGCCGGCGGUGCCCCCCUACGUGAAGCUCGGCCUCACCAGCGUCUACACCGCCUUCUACUCGCUGCUGUUCGUGUUCAUCUACGCGCAGCUGUGGCUGGUGCUGCGCUACGGCCACAAGCGGCUCAGCUAUCAGAGCGUCUUCCUCUUCCUCUGCCUUCUCUGGGCCUCCCUGAGGACGGUCCUCUUCUCCUUCUACUUCAGGGACUUCGUGGCAGCCAACGCGCUCAGCCCCUUCGUCUUCUGGCUGCUCUACUGCUUCCCGGUGUGCCUCCAGUUCUUCACCCUCACACUCAUGAACUUGUACUUCACCCAGGUGAUUUUCAAAGCCAAGUCCAAAUAUUCUCCAGAAUUACUCAAAUACCGGUUACCCCUCUACCUGGCCUCACUCUUCAUCAGUCUCGUCUUCCUGUUGGUGAAUUUAACCUGCGCUGUACUGGUGAAGACGGGAAGCGGGGAGAGGAAGGCGAUCGUGUCCGUGCGCGUGGCCAUCAAUGACACACUCUUUGUGCUGUGUGCCAUCUCUCUCUCCGUCUGUCUCUACAAAAUCUCUAAGAUGUCCUUAGCCAACAUUUACUUGGAGUCCAAGGGCUCCUCUGUGUGUCAAGUGACCACCGUCGGCGUGACCGUCAUCCUGCUGUACGCCUCCCGAGCCUGCUACAACCUGUUCAUCUUAUCGUUUUCUCAGAGCAAGAACGUCCAUUCCUUUGACUACGACUGGUACAAUGUAUCAGACCAGGCCGACCUGAAGAACCAGCUGGGAGAUGCUGGCUACGUAGUGUUUGGAGUGGUCCUUUUUGUGUGGGAGCUCUUACCUACCACCUUAGUUGUUUACUUCUUCCGAGUUAGAAAUCCUGCAAAGGACCUUACCAGCCCUGGAAUGGUCCCCAGCCAUGGCUUCAGUCCCAGAUCCUACUUCUUUGACAACCCUCGGAGAUAUGACAGUGAUGACGACCUUGCCUGGAACAUCGCCCCUCAGGGUCUUCAGGGAAGUUUCGCUCCAGACUACUAUGAUUGGGGACAACAGAGUAACAGCUUCCUGGCACAAGCGGGAGCUUUACCACCAGACUCAGUUUUGGAUCCUGACAAACCAAGCCAUGUUUAGCACCAGUUAACAGUUUUAUGGAAGACUCCUCAGUUGAAAGCUUCUGAAAGCUUCAGAAAGACUAACUUCAUGACAGCUGAAUUUUUAGGGCACUUUUCCUUACUCAAGUGGACUUGAUUUUUAUUUGUUACAGGUUUCUAAUGGCUCCAUAGACUAAGCAAUAAUAACUUAGAUUGAUAAAACCUUAUUUUAGUACUAAAAAGGGAGCCUGGCUGCCUAUCUCAGUGGGUAUAAUUUAAACUUUAAAAAGUUCUGUACUUUUAUAAAGAUGUAUUUUAUAUAACUUAAUAAUGCUAAAAUAUACUAGGGGUUUUUGAGAAUGUUAUUGCAAUAUAUGUUCUAGUUUGCACAGACUUUUAUGCAUAAUUCACUUUAAAAGUAUACAGUAUAUGGUCUGAAGGUUUUUUAAGGCUUUUGGACUAAAGUAUUCCUCAAAUCCUUACCUCUUCAGGUCACUCAGAUUCUGAGCUCCACGCUGGUAGACUAGAUACAGCUGACGACUACAAAGCCAACGCUGGUAGACUCCAAAUACAGCUCCAGGGUUGAAAGUUAGAAAGUAGCAGAAUGUCAACAGACUCCAUAUGAGGUAACUGGCUCCUUAGAGUUCCUUUAGGACCAGCGAGGUGAUCCCUCCAAGAGUCUCCUCAAUUUUGCCAAGAUUGGCACUCCUGUUCAAGAGGUCACUAAUGUAUACACUCCAAUGCUAAGGGUAAAAAUGUCGAUAGAGUUAACCUAAACUCUUAAAACUCCUCUGCGCUCUCCAGAGAUUUUGCACAGUUUUUCAGCCCAGUGAAGUCUAAGACCUAUUAUACCUCAGGACUUCAGCAAGACAGCACCUUUCCCAACUCACUGACGGUUCGUUACAUUCAAGGAACAAAGAAGGUGUUCUCAAAAGGGGAUUAAUAAAAAAUACCCCUGGCGCAUGAGCCAAAAGACUAUAUGGAAUCCUAACAGUUUUCCUUUCAUUCCCAAACAUACUUAAAACAAUGCCCUUUAUUUUUAAAUAGCCCUGAAAGCAGCCCACUAGAAGCUGCGUGUUUAAAAUGGGAAAAGCACUGCAAUAUUCUCUAGUGUGAUUCCUGUCUCUUAGUCAAGUAAAACGGGCAGGUUCCAGACCACUGCUUAUAAGCUGUUUAAGUGAAACACUUGUCAUGCAAUACUAGUUUCCCCGACAUAAGUGCCAUUCUGAAACCUCCAAGAGAUAUGUAUAUAAUAUAUAUAAUAUAUUCUGCAGUUGUAAAACUGCCUAUAACUGGAGACUGGCUCUUGAAGGCGGUUAAAUACUCUGAUUUUCUACAAAACAGAGGUAAGGUACUAGGGCAAGUCCUGUUACCAGAGAAAGUGUUCUGCUCUGCCGAGGGCGUCUCACAGCUUGGGACAGGGAGGGCGGGGGAAGAGCUUCUGUCAGUACGUAUCGUACCUACACGACAACCCCCCGUUCAGAUGUCUCUUACUUCCCAUUUUGGUCUUCAGGAAUAAUUUAUCUCUGGGCACUGAUUUCACAGAGAUCAAAUCUACUUCUCCUAUCUUGAUGGUAUUUAAAAUUGGGAUUUCAUGUUUUACGUGGUCAGGAUUGGGGUUUUCAUUUAUACCUUGCAUAAUGGCACAUAACAUUCUUGACUUUCAGUGUGGAAGAAUUUGGGUCAUGUAUCAUUUAAAAUAGUUACUUUCAGGGGAAAUUCUACACUGAAGCAAAAUUUGCACUGAUUAUUCAGGUUGCCUUAAGAUAUUUUAAGUGUUAAUCUAAACAGCUCUAAGAACACCCUGACUUGUCACUUACCACACUGUUUUUGUUACUAAUACUUAGGAGAAUUUAAAGGCAUACUUAGCAUAUGCUUAAAACUCCUUUACAUCAAUCAGGCUUUCAGAAAGUACUGCAUUCUUCAGUAUUAGCUCAUUCCAGGGUAGAUAUAUUUUUAAAUACAGUGAUAAAAAUAUCACUAAAAUCAUGCAAUUAUACUCAUCCUAUGAUGUAUAAACACUUUUUUUAUUGUUAUUACUGGCAGGAAAAUUGAAAUAGUUAAUAGGCAUUAACUAGUAAAAGCCAUAAUCUAUUUUUAUGAUAAAGCUGCUAGUAUUUAUUUGAACUACUUUUUAUUGGAAAGGAUAAAAAUGUUCUAAGUGCCUGUUUUUCUCUUCGUCCCCUUUUUAAAAAGUAAUGCUAAAGCACAAACACAUCUAGACUAUUAAAAACUAUGUGUCACAUGAUCUGUCUCUUUAGUAAACACUCAUGUAUAUACCCUGUGAAAUGGUCCAGGUAUGGAUGGAAAGGAAAGUGCAAAUUCCCUUGAGCUUCCCAACUUACUUGUGCUGCGAAGUACACUAACAACGCUACUCCUUACAUGAAACAGGAAAGGCUAAGAGAAGUCAAGGAAUGGUGAUUACUGGUUCUAAAGUUCCCAAAUGUCCUCGUUUUAAGGAAACAUAAUGAAAGUUAAAAAUUGAUGGGGAAGAGUCAAUAUCCCUAGAAAUUUUGUGCCUCCCUGUACUCGGAUUCAGCACUAAAAGGCUGCCUGCGAAUGCUUCUGGCAUCUAUAAGAAAUACGUGGAGGCAGUGAACUGCAGAAGUAGGCACCUAAGAAAUCCAGCUGAUUUGUGUAGCCAUCUUUCAUUGGCUCUUUUCCCUUUUCACAAUUAACCCAUUUCAUUGAGCCGGUGAACAAGGCGUCUGGGGCGUCCUACAUACACCUGUGGAGGGUGAGAAGCUUUGACUCUUAAGGUGUAUGUACAGUUAUCAACCACAGUUAGGUCCGUUCUUACCUGAGUAUGUCAGGCAUCUCAGGCAUAUCUCAGUGAGUAACUGUGCAGGUACCACGUUUGGCUGCAUAGAUUAGGCACAGUCAUUAGUGCAGGCCCAGAUUUCCUCUUUUUACCAAAAUCCCAAGGACCGCUUUUUGGUGGCCUUGCUCACUUAACCCCUAUUAAGAGGAGAGGAAUAAGCAUUAGGAAAGCCUGGAGCGUGAGAAGUGCUUUGAGAACAUUCCCAUUUAUCGUUACAUAGUGCAUAUUACUAGAAUUGCUUUUAGUUUUUAGCAGUAAAGGUGAACUUACUUGAGAACUAAGGGUCUAAAUAUUUGAAACUUUUAUCAAGAUUUCCAACUAAAGAAACUUGGUUAAAAAAAUACUUGCUUUCACUUUAGAUGACCACAUGGUAAAAUAGAGACUGGUCUGGGGCUGAUCAAAGACACAGCUAAUAGGCAUUUCCAUUUUUUGUCUAUGUGAGAAUUUUAAUUAACAUUUCAAACUACAUCCAGUGGUACCUCGGUUUUCGAACAUAAUCCGUUCCGGAAGACCGAGUUCUGAAACGUUCGAAAACCGACACACAGUUUCCCCUUAGAAAGUAGUGCAAAAUGGAUUACUCCGUUACAGACCUUUAAAAUCAACCUCUACAACUGCAAAUUUAGCAUGAAUUUUACUGUCUAAUGAUACCAUAGAUCCAUAAAAUUUAUGGCGUUCGUAAACCGAAACGUUUGUCCACGGAGACGUUCAAACACCGAGAUACCACUGUAAUGCUGCUUAAGACUUGUCACGGUCCAGACGAAGGAGCUGUUGGAAAGGAUCAGGCUGAAAAAGCCAGUGUGUGCCGAGUGCCUGUGACGUGACAGGCACGGCUCGGACGUGGUGUCUGUGGGCGAGUCCACAAAGGCAGCAGCGCUCUCCCAUCAGCCACGCUGGCCACCGCCGGGGCCAUGAGGAGACCGUGCACCAAAGGGUCACAGGACCUGGAAGUCUGCAGUGAUGUCCUUGUGGCCCAACUUCAAUCUGCUGAUUUCCCGUCCCUGUGGCCCAGCUCCUCUGGGCCUGGGCGCUGAGGGUGGGUUCCUUCAGCAUGAGGUUCUGAGACUCGCUGCCCAGGUCAAGUGUGGGUUCCGGCCUCAGGCCAAAUCCAGUGACCCAGCAGCACCUACUGGUUCCUACCAAGAUGGAUUCCUUACCUCUGUUCCUUGACCUGUGGCUGGGACCUGUCCUGUGUUUCCCCAUAAAUGGACUAUACCUUGCCAGCGUUAAUUCUUUGCCCCCAAACCUGGCCUUACCUACCACUCAGAAUACGAGACUGCCUCCAGGAGACCUUCUGCGUCUGGACUGCAGCCUCUGGACUGGAGCUCAGAUGUCGGCUCUCUUCAGCCGACAUGAGCCACACAACCCCUCCCUUUCACGACUGCUCCCUGUCACCAGGUCCUUUUCUUGACUCAAUCUCAGUUUCCCGUGCACCUUAUUAACCUACAACAGCUCUUCCAGGCUCCUUGCAGUUCCAGGUCCUGGAAGGCAGUGGCUGAGGUGUUAAAGGGAAAGAGUACGUUUGGGAUAAACAAGCAGUGCUCUACCAGGGCCACGCGAUUUGUGUCACUGGUAUGUCUGGUGAAGAAAUCCACAGGGAAAGUUAAAUUGUAUCAGAACACUACAUGACAAGUGCUCCCUCUGCUCUGACCGAGGGGUGUUAGAUGGACGACUUAAAUGGAUUUUACUCAAUCUGUGACAACUCAAUGACACUGUCAGGCAGACACAGGUUCAUCCACAUUGAGGGCACCUUCUCCACUAGACAGGUUUCUGUUAGCUGUUCCUCUUCAACUGAUAGAAUCUCUCUCUUGGUGCAUUCUCAUUCGAAACGAGAUGUAACCUACUUAGGUUGUGGAAUUCAUAAAUUCUGCGCUGGUUGGGAUACUUGUCUGUCUGUUCGCGCUGCAUCCCCAAUCCUGGAACAGUGAACGAGCGUCAGACCCUGCUCUUUGGGCAGACCUCGUUUUUAAGCUGACUUCUGGCACUUUUAUCCACUGCCUAUUGACUUUAUAGGUUUAAUGCUCAUUUAUGGGGCCCAUCUAUUUUCUUAUGAAUCUUGGACAGAUAUCCAACUUUUGGACAUAGAAUUCAUAAUGGAAUAAAGAAGGAAAUAUGGAUUUGCUAUGUAGUUCUCAAAUGAUUCUUAGAAGCUAAGUCUAAAAAUAGAAGCCCUGAGAUGAAAUUCUGUCUACACAGGCACUACAAAUCCUGCUUCUCCUUGCCCUUACUUGUUUGAGCACUGGCAAGUAGAAUGCAGAAAUAACACAACAGGCAGUAAAAAGUAGAUCUGUAUCAGGUAAAGUAUCAAAUUAAAAGAACAGUGACUUUUAACACAUUGAAUGGUUAAAAGUGCAAUCCUUGAGAGAAAACACUGAGUUGGGCAGAGUUUUAGAGGGAUCCAUUGUGUUAAAGGAUUUUUUUUUAAAGCUCAUAUGGAAUAAACAAGAACAGCUAAAGAAAAUCGUGGGGGGAAAAAAAGGUGAGAAUGAGACAGGACCAAUGCCCCAAAUAGUAAAACAUAGACCCCGAGUAAUUAAAAUAGUGUGGUCCUGGUGCAUGAGUACAUAGACCAGUGAAAUAGAAAGAGAACCCAGAUAGAGAGCCAAGUUCUCGUGAGAUUUUAGGUAUGAUAAAUGUAACAUCUCACACUCGUAGUAAGGAAAAGAUGAACAGUUCAAUAAAUGAUAUUGGAAUAACUGGGUAAUCAUCUGGGCAAAAAUUAGUUUGGAUCCAUAACUUACACCUCAUGCUAGGAUACACUCCAAAGAAAUACAAAUUUAGAUUUAAAAAAAUUAAAACAUAAAAUUUCCAGAAGAAAAUAUAGGUGAAUUAUUGCUAUGGAAUGAAGAAGGCAUUCUGACUCACAGUCCAGAAACCACUAAAACAAUAAAUUAGACUGCAUAAAAAUAAAAAUUUGCAUGGCAAAACCACAUUAAGCAAACCACAUUAGGUCAAAAGAUAGGCAACACAUC